CGUACAUUAUACAAACGGGACACUAGCAGCUAGCAACUAGCAACUCGUCAAAGUGUAAAGUGACGAUUUCUGCUGCAAUUCUCUCUCGGUCCCGACAGUGAACAGACAGGCAACGCUCCGCCAUUCCGCGAUAACAAUAACGCCCCCGGCUGACUUGCCUUUGGCCGAGGCUCGUCGAUCAUGCACAAACUCAAGAAGAGGAGACCGUCCGUGCCAGAUAGUCAGAGGCCAUCGCAAACUCCUGGCAGUAACAGUAGUCCACCACAACUACGAGUGGAUCGAAUUCCAUUGAAACUGAACGAUGUCGCGAUAUCGAGAGGGGAUUUCCGUGGAUCGACCAUUAUCGCCGGCUUGUCGAAUCGUUUCUCUGUACUCAAGAUGCCGGAGCAAGAUUCGAACCCGUUCUCCUCAGCAGGUCCGGUGCCGCCUCUACCGCCAGGCGCAUUCACGUUGGACGACAUGAAGAAACGGUUCGCCCAACAGCGAACGACAUACGAGACCGGAGAUUAUCUGACGGAACAGGAGGAAGCGGCGGUGCUUGCGGAUCUAGAGGAGAAUAUCAGGAUGCAACAACAAUCGUCUCAGGCAUCGCUUGAGCGCUUUCAAUCGUUGGAAUCCGACGAGGCUCCUGCCAGUUCGGCAUCGCCGCCCCUCUCCUACCGUCCUGCAGGUCGCGGUUACGGCUUUGGUUCCUCUGACGCGAUGAGGGAAGCCGAGGUGAUGCGGAACGCAAAAGAGACCGUUCGAAAUAGACAGCAGCAGUCGCCCCUAUCACCACGAAGACAGAUAGGCGAGCCUGUUGCCGACAGGUUCGAGGGUCAUGAUCCUGCUGGUGGCGGUUCACGGAGCACAUCCACACGGGCACCGCCCUCUGGAGGGCAUACGAGGGAUAAUUCUAGCAGCAGCCUGCACGAGCGCAAGUCGGUCUUGGAGACCAUGUCGCCUGCGGCUCAACAGCGCAUUUCAAGGGCAAUCCUGCAAGUCGAGGCCGACAUGCUCAACACGGCGAGCUUCUCGGCGGAAAACCGAAAUUUGCCAAGUAACAUGUCCACGGCUCGCCUUCCUACGACAACACCGACAAAGAGGGUGGGAAACGACAGGCGAAACGUCUCUAUCAGCCGAUCACCAGCCUUUCAUGACCGGUUAGCAGACGCAGUUGCGGAAGAGGAGAUCCUCGUUGACAAGGCAGGGAUGGGUGGAGCUGUCACAGCGACGUCAAAUGACGAUGACGGGCCUACCCAACAAGCUGGUUCCAUCGAUGUUUUCACUGUGGAUAACAAUGCUGCCGCGGGUUCAACAAAAUCCUUUGCAAAGCUUCAUCGGCCAGAGCCACUUGCUCUUGGCAAGCCGAUUACCCUUGGGAGGCCGAUCACCCUUUCCGCUAACGAGGGACCUAAAGCAAAUCGUUCAGAAACAAGUCAGGCAAACCAGGACGCCACGCAGCUGCUCAGUCCAGAUUUGUAUAGUCGGCAGCACGCCAGGCACAACGACGGUCCCACAACAGCCGCGUCGAUCUUGACCGACGGCACCGGCAGCUACGUCGCUGAGACGCCUCCUGAGACGGCACUACACAGUCAACAGUCUUUGGCUGUGCCAGGACAGGACUCUUUGCCUAGUCCUCAUAGUCCGCAAGAUUACGCCUUCGAUAUAGCGGGUUACUACGGCGGUGAGCAAGAGUCGAACGGGUACGACGAUACCCAUGGGACAACACACACCGAGCGCGAGCCUAUAAACCUGGGAAGCCCGGCCAGGUCAGUAUAUUCAAGCGAUUAUCAACCAUCCGCAGAUGAUCCUGCCUCUUUUGCAGAGGAUACAUAUGCUCAUGAGCUCCAGAGCGAUGCUUCGCGGCGCGUGAACGAGGCCGAACUGGGCUUAUCUCUCGAUGACUUCAAGCGUAUGCAGGAAAAACUCAACGAAGCCGCUAGAAACUCACAGCGAGACUUGGCCACGGUAUCAGGGCAGGAGGGCGCCCCCGGUCCAUCCGCUUCGCGAAACAUGUCUCCGGUCGCUUCGCACAGUGGUCAGGCUCAACAGGACGUUGCUGUCCACACCAGCCACGCGGAGGGGUCCAUUAUGAAACCGGCCAUGUCACCAGAUAUCGAUCGAAGCUCAGAAACCCGUCCGGACCAAAAGCAUUAUGGAGAGCCGACUGACCAUCAUUCCUUCAGCUCGCCACCACCUGGAAGGUCGAUCAACGAAUCACCUGUAACUUUGGCAUCCCCCAUCGCAUCUAGUGGUCCUUACUCACCGCAGCGUUUCGGAAAUGCGGCUCCUUCAGUUGAGGCUGACGAUCGAGAAGGAGCCAAAUCUCGUUUGGCUCAAGCCUUGUUCGGACCGACCGAGGCUUUGGGAGGUCCCCCCUCCCCUGUUGGACCCACUCACACCCAUCGACGCAUGGAGUCUACCAGCAGUGCCCGCUCGUAUCGGAUAGACGAGGAUCCUGAUGUACGACGCGACUUCGAGGCGAGAAUCGCACAGGCGACGGCUGCUCUGCAAAAGACGCCGUCGGUGCGACUCUCCCGGAAGAAUACUCGUAACAAGGCCAUCAAAAUCGGAUCGCCUACCCUGUUGCAAACAUCCGCUACUCUGCAAGUCUCGCCCUUGACGUCGCCACAGAUGGGACAAGGAGGAUUCUCGCCAACUGGCAACUCCGUCGUGCGUGGCAUUCACCAACGGUCUGGCCACGGCAAGUCGGCAUCGACGUCUAGCCUGUCCCAAGUACAGCCCGCGCCGCCAUCACCGAAGACCGGAUCGUCGGCUUCGUCCGGAUUGAAGGGUCUUCUAGCCAAGAUGAAACGAAAGCCAUCACAAAAGCGCGCAAUAAAGGAACCGCCCGCCGCGGCUGCUGCUACUGCGCCCCAACGCUCUGCAGCUCCCCCCAUUCCCGCUGCGGGUGUCCAAAUUCCUCCCGAUAUGACGGCAGAUGCGCGCAAAGCAAGACGUUCCAUCGUUCGCCGAACUAUCGUUGUGCCUACAAACCUGCCGCCUCCUGUACCCAGUUCAAGCCUCAACGCUUUGCAGAAUGAGAUGGACCGGAAUCAAGCCCCUAUUGAACCCAGCCGCCGACCGAGCGUCAAAAGGAAACCAGUGCAUCGUACGAGCGAGGACAAGGCGUUGGAGCAGGAACUACUGGCGCCCCCGGUUGUUCAACGAGUCGCUAGUCUAGGGUCUAAACGGUCUGUGGAAUCCGGUCGCGACAGUUUGUAUGAGCUGUAUGGUGAAAGCGAAGACCAAUCGCAACUCCCUGGCCAGUCUUCAUCUCAAGGUAACCGAGCCACGCUCGUCAAGCCCACGCAGGUCCUUGAAAUCCGAGAGAUGAGCGAUGGCGAAGUCACGUGGGGUCUGGUCGACGGAGUCGACGAAGGGUCGGAGGACACUGCUGUGUGGCGCCCUCAAAGCCGAAUAGCGAGUCAAUAUGGAGACAGUCUGAUCGAGCAAUCCAGUACAUCGUCAUAUCGGAAACCCAGCAUGGCUUCCAACAAUUUCGACCUGGAUGAAGACGAUGCAGCUUGGUCGGUCGCUGAGCGCGAAUUGCUGGAGUCUCCGGUAGAACGGCCAAAGACCAAGGUCUUUUACUCGUCCUCCGCAAACAUUCAAGAUCUCCUGGCUGAUCUGUCAACCCAGAACGCCGAUGGCCACUUUAGGAUCCUUCCUCAAAACAUCGAAGUGAACGAUGAGGAACGCGAUCAAGCAAAACAACUUGAUUCCGGCCGGUCAGGUCAAGAUCUGGAUUCCAGGCUACAGGCUCUUGUCCAGAAACUGCAGGCUACCAGGUGAAAUGUGACGUGCAUGUAAAGUCGCUUCGACUGUAAGGAAAAUUUGGUGGAACUGCCGCCCACGACCAGCGACGAUAUUUGAAAUGACUGAACGAUUGUAACUGGUUUGGGAAUGAAUAAUGCGAAGU